AUGGAUUUGGAUAUGAACGGAGGUAACAAGGGAGUCUUUCAGAGACUCGGCGGCUCGAAUCGGCCGACGCCGGCGCCGAAAGACUCGAACCAGAAGGUUUGUUUCCACUGGCGGUCCGGGCGGUGCAACCGGUACCCUUGCCCUUUCCUGCACAGCGAGUUGCCGGGUCCAGGUCCAUUCGCCGGGUCGUCUACGAACAAACGGGUCGCUGAUGAGUCCGGUUUCGCGGGUCCGAGCCACCGGAGAGGUCCCGGGUUCAGCGGGAGAGCUAAUAGCAUUGGGAGAUUCGGUGGGAACAGGACAGUGACUAAGACGGAGAAGCUCUGCAAAUUUUGGGUCGAUGGGAAUUGCCCUUACGGUGAUAAAUGCAGAUACUUGCAUUGCUGGAGCAAAGGGGAUAGCUUCUCGCUGUUGACUCAGCUAGACGGGCAUCAGAAGGUUGUCACUGGGAUUGCUCUGCCAUCAGGUUCUGAUAAGCUUUACACGGCGAGUAAAGAUGAAACUGUGCGGAUCUGGGAUUGUGCUUCUGGACAGUGUACAGGUGUACUCAAUCUUGGUGGGGAAGUUGGCUGCAUGAUUAGUGAAGGCCCCUGGCUAUUGGUUGGCAUGCCCAAUCUCGUUAAAGCAUGGAAUAUCCAAAACAACGCAGACCUGAGUCUCUCUGGACCUGUUGGCCAAGUAUAUUCACUGGCUGUGGGUACUGAUCUGCUGUUCGCUGGCACACAAGUUUGGAGCCUGGAUAAUUUGCAGUGUAUACAGACGCUUACAGAGCAUACUUCGGUUGUCAUGUCUCUCAUUUGCUGGGAUCAAUUUCUUCUGUCAUGUUCAUUGGACAAUACCGUCAAGAUAUGGGCUGCUACUGAAGGUGGAAACUUGGAAGUGACAUACACUCACAAAGAAGAAUACGGCGUGCUAGCUCUCUGCGGAGUGCAUGAUGCAGAAGCCAAGCCGGUAUUGCUAUGCUCGUGCAAUGACAAUUCCUUGCACCUCUAUGACUUGCCAUCGUUUACGGAAAGGGGCAAAAUUUUAGCAAAGCAAGAGAUACGGUCGGUCCAGAUAGGUCCCGGUGGCAUAUUUUUCACCGGUGACGGAAGUGGUCAAGUUAAAGUUUGGAAGUGGUGUACGGAACCAACUGCCAUACAGUCUUGA